AUGUUAAUUGGACACGCACCACCUGAAGACGGUUCAACCAUUGAAAUACAAGAGAUCACGUCAUCACCUUUAAAUCAAACAGAGAAUAAAGUACCAGUUAUUGAGACUACUAAAUUACCCACCCCGUUAGACACUCGACUUGAAAGUGAGACACCACCGCCAAACCUUGCACAAAUUGGCAGUGAACAAACCCCAUCUGAAGAGGCUACAAGUGAAUCACAAUCUGAAGAGUCCACCAGUGAAUCACCAUCUCAAGAGACGACAAGUGAGUCGCCAUCUAAACAGGGCACAAGUAAACCAACAUCUAAAGAGGCCACAAGUGAAUCACCUUCUCAAAAGACAACAGGUGAAUCACCAUCUGAAGAGGCCACAAGUGAAUCGCCAUCUAAAAAGGCCACUAGUAGAUCACCGUCUAAAGAGACCACAAGUAGGCCACCGUCUGAAAAGCCCAAAAGUAAAUCACCACUUGAGGAGGCCACGAGUAAAUCCCCAUCAGAGGUGGCACCAAAUGAGUCACCAUCUGAGAAGGAAUCCAGUGGAUCACAAUCUGAAGAGAAAACCAGUGAAUCACCAUCUGAAAAGGCAACAAGUGAAUCACAAUCUGAAGAUGGCACAAGUGAGACGUCAUCUGAGGAGGCAACAAGCGAGUUACCAUCUGAAGAGGCAACAAGUAAGUCACCAUCUGAGAAGGCAACAAGUGAAUCACAAUCUGAGGACGCAACAAGUGAGUCACCAUCUGAGGGAGCAACAAGUCAGUCACCAUCUGACGAGGUAACAAGCAAGUUACCAUCUGAAACGGCAAAAAGUGAGUCACCAUCUGAGGAGACAAUAAGUGAGUCCCCAUCUGAAGACGCAACAAGUCAGUCACCAUCUGAGAAGGCAACAAGUGAGUCACCAUCUGAAGAAGCAACAAGUGAGUCACUAUAUGAGGAGGCAACAAGUGAGUCACCAUCUGAAGAGGCAACAAGUGAAUCACAAUCUGAGAAGGCAACAAGGAAGUCACAAUCUGAAGAGGCAACAAGUCAGUCACCAUCUAGGGAGGCAAUAAGCGAGUUACAAUCUGAAGAAGCAACAAGUGAGUCACCAUCUGAAGAGGCAACAAGUGAAUCACCAUCUAAGGAGGAACCAAGUGAGUCACCAACUGAAGAGCCAACAAGUGAGUCACCAUCUGAAGAGGCAAUAAGCGACUUACCAUCUAAGGAGGCUACAAGUUCAUCACCAUCUCAGGAGGCAACAAGUUCAUCACCAUCUGAAGAGGCCACAAGUGAGUCACCAUCUGAAGAGGCAAUAAGUGAGUCACCACCUGAAGAGGCAACAACUGAAUCAUUAUCUCAAGAGGCAACAAGUGAGUCACCAUCUAAAAAAGCCACAAGUGAGUCACCAUCUGACGAGGCAACAAGUGAGUCACCAUCUGAAGGGGCUACAAGUGAGUCACCGUCUGAAGAGGCAACAGGCGAGUCACCAUCCCAGGGGGCGACAAGUAAAUCACCAUCUGAAGAGGCCACAAGUGAGUCACCAUCUGAAGAGGCAAAAGGUGAGUCACCAUCUGAAAAGGCAACAAGUGAGUCACCAUCUGACGAGGCAACAAGUGAGUCACCAUCUGAAGAGACUACAAGUGAGUCACCAUCAGAAGAGGCAACAAGCGAGUUACCAUCUAAGGAGGCUACAAGUGAGUCACCAUCUCAGGAGGCAACAAGUGAAUCACCAUCUGAAGAGGCCACAAGUGAGUCACCAUCUGAAGAGGCAACAAGUGAGUCACCACCUGAAGACGCAACAAGUGAAUCAUCUCAGGAAGCAACAAGUGAGUCACCAUCUGAAGAGGCCACAAGUGAGACACCAUCUGAAAAGACAAGUGAGUCACCAUCUCAAAAGGCAACAAGUGAGUCACCAUCUAAAGAGGCUACAAGUGAGUCACCAUCUGAACAGGCAACACGCGAGUCACCAUCUCGGGAGGCAACAAGUAAAUCAAAAUCUGAAGAGGCCACCAGUGAAUCACCAUCUGAAGAGGCCACAAAUGAGACACCAUCUGAGGAGGCAACAAGUGAGUCACCAUCUGAAAAGGCAACAAGUGAGUCACCAUCUAAAGAGGCUACAAGUGAAUCACCAUCUGAAGAGGCCACAAGCGAGUCACCAUCUGAAGAGGCAACAAGUGAGUCACCAUCUGACGAGGCAACAAGUAAGUCACCAUCUGAAGAGGCUACAAGUGAGUCACCAUCAAAAGAGGCAACAAGCGAGUUGCCAUCUAAGGAGGCUACAAGUGAGUCACCAUCUCAGGAGGCAACAAGUGAAUCACCAUCUGAAGAGGCCACAAGGGAGUCACCAUCUAAAGAGCCAACAAGUGAGUCACCAUCAGAAGAGGCAACAAGCGAGUUACCAUCUGAGGAGGCUACAAGUGAGUCAUCAUCUCAGGAGGCCACAAGUGAGUCACCAUCUGAAGAGGCCACAAAUGAGACACCAUCUGAAGAGGCAACAAGUGAGUCACCAUCUGACGAGGCAACAAGCGAGUCACCACCUGAAGAGGCAACAGGUGAAUCACUACCUCAGGACGCAACAAGUGAAUCACCAUCUGAAGAGGCCACAAGUGAGUCACCAUCUGAAAAGGCAACAAGUGAGUCACCAUCUGAAGAAGCAACAAGUGAAUCACCAUCUGAAAAGGCAACAAGUGAGUCACCACCUGAAGAGGCAACAAGUGAGUCAACAUCUGAAGAGGCAAGAAGUGAGUCACCAUCUGAGAAGGCAACAAGUGAGUCAGCAUCUGACGAGACAACAACUGAGUCACCAUCUGAGGAGGCCACAAGUGAGUCACCAGCUGAAGAGGCCACAAGUGAAUCACCAUCUGAAGAGGCCAGAACUGAAUCACCAUCUGAGGAGGCCGUAAGUGAAUCACCAUCUGAAGAGGGUAUAAGUGAGUUACCAUCUCAGGAGGCAACAAGUGAAUCACCAUCUGAAGAGGCCACAAGUGAGUCACCAUCUGAAGAGUCAACAAGUGAGUCACCAGCUGAAGAGGCCACAAGUGAAUCACCAUCUGAAGAGGCCAGAACUGAAUCACCAUCUGAGGAGACCGUAAGUGAAUCACCGUCUGAAGAGGCCACAAGUGAGUCGCCAUUUGAAGAGGCAACAAGUGAAUCACCUGCUGAGGAGGCGACAAGUGAAUCAGCAGCUGAGGAGGCGACAAGUGAAUCACCAUCUAAGGAGGCCACAAGUGAAUCACCAUCUGAGGAGGCCACAAGUGAGUCACCAUUUGAGGAGGCAACAGGUGAGACACUAUCUAAAGAGACAGCAAGUGAAUCACCAGCUGAGGAGGCCACAAGUGAAUCACCAUAUGAGGAGGGAACAAGUGAGUCACCAUCUAAAGAGGCAACAAGUGAGUCCCCAUCUGAAGUUAACACAAGUCAAUCACCGUAUGAGGACGCAACAAGUGAAUCACCAUCUGAAGAGGCCACAAGUGAAUCACCAUCUGAGGGGGCAACAAGUGAUUCACUAUCUGAAGAUGCCACAAGUGAAUCACCAUCUAAGGAGACAUCAAGUGAGUCACCAUCUGAAGGGGCCACAAGUAAAUCACGUUCUGAGGAGGCAACAAGUGAAUCACAUUCUGAAGAGGCCACAAGUGAGUCGUUAUCUUGGGAGACAACAACUUCUCCACCAUCUGAACAGGCCACAAGUGAAACAGCCUCUGAGAAGGGUACAGGUGAAUCGCCAUCUGACGAGGCGACGAGUGAAUCACCGUCUGAAGACCCGACAAGUCAAUCGCCAUCUGUAGAGACCACAAGCGAAUCAACAUCUGUAGAGACCACAGGUGAAUCACCGUUUAAAGAGAGAACAAGUGAAUCAGCAUCUGAGGAGGCCACAGGUGAUUCGCCAUCUGAGGAGACAGCUAGUGAGUCACCAUCUCAGAAGGUCACAGGAAAAUCGCCGUCUGAGGAGACAACUAGUGAGUCACCAUCUGAAAAAGGAACAAGUGAAAUGCUAUCUGAAGAGGCCACAACUGAUUCACCAUCUGUAGAGGCAAAAAGUGAAUCCCCAUCGGGAGAGCCAACAAGUGAAUCACCAUCUGAAGAGGCCACAAGUGAAUUACUAGCUGAAGAGGCAACAAGUGGGUCAUCAACUCCGGCACUUACAAGCGAAUCAUCUUCGCAAGAGGUCCUCACUGAGGUCCCUCUCAAGACACCAGCAAGUGAGUCGCCUCUUAAAGUAUCUACCCGGAAAUUCCUUUCUGAAGCCGUUAGUGAAGUACCUUCUAUGGGGUUAUCGAGUGAAUCACCUUCUGAAGAAGGAAACACGGUAUCACCAUCUUCAGCAGUCAGAAGUAAAAAUCCCUCGUCAAGGGGAACACCUGAAUUACUUGUUAGGACAUUACCUGUUCAAACUGAGAACCCUAAUGAUGUAGCGGCUCAAAAGAAAUUCACGACAACAGCAUCCACACAGGCCUCAAGUCAGUCACCAUCUGAAAAGGCUACAAGUGAAUCGCCAUCUGAAGAAGCGACAAGUGAGUCACAAUCUAAAGAAAGUACGAGUGUAUCACCAUCGAAAGAGGGCACAACUGAAUCACCAUCUCACCAGCCCUUAAGUGAACCACCAUCUGAAGAGACAAGUGAAUUACCAUCUGAGGACACAUCACCUGCGUCACCAUCUGAAGAGACAAAAACUGAAUUACCUAGUGAAAAGGCCACAAGUAAGUCACCAUCUGAAGACCGCACUACUGAAUCGCCAUAUAAAGAAGCCACAACUCAAAAAGCCACAACUGAGCUACAAUCAGAAAAUGCAUCAACGAGUGCAUUGCCAUCUGAGGAGGCCACAAGUGAUUCGCCAUCUGAAAAAGCAUCAAGUGAGUCUUCUGAAGAGGCGACAACUGAAUUACCAUCUGAAAAAGCCACGACUGUACCACCAUCUGAAAAGGUUACAACUGAUUUACCCCAUAAAGAGGCCACAACUAAAUCACCCUCUAAAGAUCCUACAACUGAGUUACCACAUGAGGAGGUUACAACUGAAUCACCAUUUGAAGAGGCCACAAGCGAAUCAUUACUUGAAGACGCCACAAGUGAAUCACCAUCUGGAGAGACAACAAGUGAGUCCCCAUCUGUGGAGGCCACGAAUGAAUCGCCAUCUGAAAAAGCGACCAGUGAAUCACAAUCUAAAAAGGCGACCAGUGAAUCACCAUCGGAGGAGAUAACAAGUGAAUUACCAUCUGAGGAGGCCACAAGUGAGUCGCCAUCCGACGAGGUAACAAGUGAGUCUUUUUCUGAACAGGUGACAACUAAAUUACCAUCUCAAAAGGCGACAACUGUACAAACAUCUGAAAAAGCCAAAACUGAAUUACCAUCUGAAGGGGCCAAAAGUGAAUUACCUUCUGAACAGGUCAUAACUGAGUCACCAUCUGUAGAGGCCAGAACUAAAACACCUUCUAAAGAUCCUACAACUGAUUCACCAUAUGAAGAGGUCACAAGUGAAUCACCACUUGAAGAGGCCACAAGCGACUCAUUCUCUAAAGAGGCCAUAAGUGAAUCACCAUCUGACGAAGCCACAAGUGAGUCCACAACUGAAGAAGCCACAAGUCAGUCACCAUCUGAAGAGACUACAAGCGAGUCACCAUCUACAGAGGCUACAAGUGAAUCACCAUCUGAAGAAGCUGAAAGUGGAUCAACAUCUGAAGAGGCCACAAGUCAAUCAAUAUCUGAAGAGGCUACAAGUGGGUCACCAUCUGAAGAGAAAACGAAUAAAUCACCAUCUGAAGAGACCACAAGUGAGUCACCAUCUAAAGACGCUACAAGUGAGUCACCAUCGGAAGCGGCUACAAGUGAAUCAACAUCUGAAGUGACUACAAGUGAAUCAACAUCUGAAGAGACCACAAGUAAAGUACCAUCAGAAGAGGCCACAAGAGAUUCACCAUAUGAAGAGGCUACAAGUCAGUCACCAUAUAAAGAGACUACAAGUGAGUCACCAUCUGAAGAGGCCACAAGUGAGUCACCAUCUGAAGAGGCCACAAGUGAUUCACCAUAUAAAGAGACUACAAGUGAGUCACCAUCUGAAGAGGCCACAAGUGAGUCACCAUCUGAAGAAGCUACAAGUGAAUCACCAUCUGAAAAGACUACAAGUGAAUCAACAUCUGGAGAGGCUACAAGUCGGUCACCAUCUGAAGAGACUACAAUUGAGUCACCAUCUGAUGAAGCUACAAGUGAGUCGCCAUCUGAAGAGGCCAUGAGUCAAUCACCAUCUGAAGAGGCUACAAGUGAGUCACCAUCUGAAGAGGCCACAAGUGAGUCACCAUCUGAAGAAGCUACAAGUGAGUCACCAUCGGAGGCGGCUACAAGUGAAUCAACAUCUGAAGUGACUAAAAGUGAAUCAACAUCUGAAGAGGCUACAAGUGGGUCACCAUCUGAAAAGGCUACAAGUGAGUCACCAUCUGAAGAAGCUACAAGUGAAUCACCAUCUGAAAAGACUACAAGUGAAUCAACAUCUGGAGAGGCUACAAGUCGGUCACCAUCUGAAGAGACUACAAUUGAGUCACCAUCUGAUGAAGCUACAAGUGAGUCGCCAUCUGAAGAGGCCAUGAGUCAAUCACCAUCUGAAGAGGCUACAAGUGAGUCACCAUCUGAAGAGGCCACAAGUGAGUCACCAUCUGAAGAAGCUACAAGUGAGUCACCAUCGGAGGCGGCUACAAGUGAAUCAACAUCUGAAGUGACUAAAAGUGAAUCAACAUCUGAAGAGGCUACAAGUGGGUCACCAUCUGAAGAGGCUACAAGUGAGUCACCAUCUGAAGAAGCUACAAGUGAAUCACCAUCUGAAAAGACUACAAGUGAAUCAACAUCUGGAGAGGCUACAAGUCGGUCACCAUCUGAAGAGACUACAAUUGAGUCACCAUCUGAUGAAGCUACAAGUGAGUCGCCAUCUGAAGAGGCCAUGAGUCAAUCACCAUCUGAAGAGGCUACAAGUGAGUCACCAUCUGAAGAGGCCACAAGUGAGUCACCAUCUGAAGAAGCUACAAGUGAGUCACCAUCGGAGGCGGCUACAAGUGAAUCAACAUCUGAAGUGACUAAAAGUGAAUCAACAUCUGAAGAGGCUACAAGUGGGUCACCAUCUGAAAAGGCUACAAGUGAGUCACCAUCUGAAGAAGCUACAAGUGAAUCACCAUCUGAAAAGACUACAAGUGAAUCAACAUCUGGAGAGGCUACAAGUCGGUCACCAUCUGAAGAGACUACAAUUGAGUCACCAUCUGAUGAAGCUACAAGUGAGUCGCCAUCUGAAGAGGCCAUGAGUCAAUCACCAUCUGAAGAGGCUACAAGUGAGUCACCAUCUGAAGAGGCCACAAGUGAGUCACCAUCUGAAGAAGCUACAAGUGAGUCACCAUCGGAGGCGGCUACAAGUGAAUCAACAUCUGAAGUGACUAAAAGUGAAUCAACAUCUGAAGAGGCUACAAGUGGGUCACCAUCUGAAAAGGCUACAAGUGAGUCACCAUCUGAAGAAGCUACAAGUGAAUCACCAUCUGAAAAGACUACAAGUGAAUCAACAUCUGGAGAGGCUACAAGUCGGUCACCAUCUGAAGAGACUACAAUUGAGUCACCAUCUGAUGAAGCUACAAGUGAGUCGCCAUCUGAAGAGGCCAUGAGUCAAUCACCAUCUGAAGAGGCCACAAGUGAGUCACCAUCUGAAGAGGCCACAAGUGAGUCACCAUCUGAAGAGGCCACAAGUGAGUCAACAUCUGAAGAGGCUACAAGUGAGUCAACAUUUGAAGAGGCUACAAGUGAGACACCAUCUGAUGAUGCCACAAGUGAAUCACCAUCUGAAGUGGCUACAAUUGAGUCAGCAACUGAAGAUGCCACAACGGAGUCACCAUCGGAAAAUGCCACAAGUGAAUCAUCAUCUGAGGAGGCUACAAGUGAGUCACCAACUGAAGAUACUACAAGUGAGUCACCAUCUGAAGAUGGCACAAGUGAGUCACCUUCUGAAGAGGCCACAAGUGAAUCGCCAUCUGAAGAGGCUACAAGUGAGUCACCAUCUGAAGAUGCCACAAGUGAGUCACCAUCUGAGGAGGCUUCAAUUAAGUCACCAAGUGAAGAUGACACAAGUGAGUCACCAUUUGAAGAUGCCACAAGUGAAUCACCAUCUGAAGAGGCCACAAGUGAGUCACCAUCUGAAGAUGCGACAAGUGAGUCACCAUCGGAAGAUGCCACAAGUGAAUCACCAUCUGAGGAGGCUACAAGUGAGUCACCAUCCGAAGAGGCCACAAGUGAAUCAACAUCUGAAGAGGCUACAAGUGAAGCACCAUCUGAAGAGGCCACAAAUGAAUUACCAUCGGAAGAGGUAACAGGUGAAGCAUCCUCUGAAGAGGCUACAAGCGAGUCACCAGCUGAAGAGGCUACAAGUGAGUUACCAUCUGAAGAGGUGAUAAGUGAGUCACCUUCUGAAGAGGCCACAGUUGAAUCGCCAUCUGAAGAGUCCUCAAGCUUAUCAUCUAAGGAGGUACCAAGCGAGUCAUCAUCUGAAGAGGGCAAUAGUGAGUCACCACCUGAAGAUGCGACAAGUGAGUCGCCCUCUGAAGACAGUACGAAGGGAGGAACAUUAGCAGUAGGGGUCACAACUGAGACACGAUCUACGGAUCUCACAACGGAGUCUCCUUCUAGUUCUAUUACUACAAAAAUACCUGUGAGAACCUUAGCACCUGUAACAGAAUCUACCCCGAACGGUGUUGCUCAGGUUAAAGUCUCAACUGGAUCAACAUCGGAGGAGGUCCCUACUGAAAGACCCUCUACAGCGUCAACUGAAAUACACCCAGCGCUCACAACAGCUGUGGCUGAAAAUGAGGUGACGGAGACAACGACAUCGCUUGAUUUGGAGUCUAGCACACAAUCGGUUACUUUGAAAACCGCUGAAUUCACUGAAGUUUAUACAGUUCCUACACCGACAAAAAUGACACCAACGCCGACUUCAGAGAAUGGGCAUUGUAGCGACAAUGGUAACGGUAUCGACAGUUGCAAAGACACUGCCGUCAUUGGCAGAACUAAGGAUAAUAACGGUAAGACAUAGUCAUGACCGUGCUAAGCUUCCUCUCAGAAUAAGCUUGAUAGGCACCUGUUUUAUCGAGAAAACAAAAAAUGAAGUCUUUUUAACUGAUGUCCGUAUUAAGCGGGUUAGUUUUAUAGAAAAUAUACACGCGUUUCGUCGAGACAAUAGAAACCGUCUGUUAUAGGCGGGUCUCCGUAAGGAGGGUACAACUGUACAAGUAAAACCCUCACCAACCUAAAAUGUUUCGAUGCCUCGUUUCUAGUAUAACCUUACGAACGAACGUCCCGGUGAAACAUAACACGGUUGAAAACUGCGGAGAGCUGGGACUACCGAUUGAGCUAGUAGAAGGAGCCGUCAGCUUCAGCCGUCGGCUUCUUUCAAAACUCUUCUUGUCCAAAUACUUUGAUGAUUUAUUGUGGUAUACCGCCAUAGAAUGAGCACCACAUUUGAGGGCAAAAAUAUCAGUAAGCGGCUUACCUGAAUAAGGGCCGCACCCUCCGUGCUUAUUGUCUGGUAUAUAUUUUUUUCUUUUUCAAUGCUGAUUAUUAUGGCAAAAGAUGUUAUUUACUUGGAUUUGGUGGAUGACAUAGACCUCUUUCAUACGCUAUGAAGAAGAAAAGAUUACGUGGUACUGCUAUUUGCAAGUAGGAAGUUUUAAAUAGCACCGCAACUUGACAAGCGCUAUGGCGCUACUUUUUCGAGUACAUAUGGUAAAUAGUAAAGAGUAUUAAUGCAAAGAGUUACAUUAGGCACCAUUCCUUCGAGGGGGGAAACAGGAGUGAUAUUUUUAACAGUUGUUGAAUGAAUGUAAUACCCUUUGUUUGCCAGAAACAUGCGAUCCCACUUGCAAGCAAGGUAAAAUGUGCAUCAAAGUGGACAAUGACUACAUCUGUGACUGCCCCACUGAGUGCGACGAGGAGGAAGAGCCCCACUGCUCUGUGUUCCUGAAGGACUAUCAAAACCUCUGCGAAGUACAUCGCCACGCCUGCAGGAUGCAAAUUAACGUUGCUGUCAAGCAUAAAGGGAAAUGCGGUACUGAUGGUUUCUAUACUCUAACCCUUUCAAGUACUGAUUAAUUUCGUUAAUAUAUAGUGAUCUAGCCACUUAAGUUAGCAGAUUGUCCUGACAGUUAACCACAUCAAUAUAAAAAGAGCAGCAAAUUCAUACUGUUUUGUUGACGAAACACAUCAGGCUUGGUAAGGGAGAAUUAUCUUCCUGUUUUCAUAUUUUUUUUUUGAACAUCAUUUACAGUUUCCUAUAAGAAUGCAGCAGCACGUCUCCUGUGAACCAAAUAGCUAAGUAGCAAUGUUUAGUUGGUCCUUCAGGGAAGAGAUUCUUGGGUCUUUCGCUGCAACAAUUUUAACAUGUUUGCGACGUCAUUUUGCGAAGGAAAAAUAUCACGCUGCGGCACAUCAAAGACAGCACCAUUAGCUCUAUCAAACUGAAUCGGUAGUUUUCCUUCUGGGCACUUUCUCAAUGCAGUUUCAUCCAAAUGCCAUGAAAGCUCGGUCCUUUUCUGGCCUCUGUGUCUCAUCAAGGAGGGGGGGGGGGGAGUGUAAUAUACCUCUUGGUGCUUCUAAAUACGGAACAUAAGUGAGGCGUAAGUCCUUUGGGUUUUCGGGGUCUUAAUUUUUGUAGUCCAGUCGAAUUACAUUUUAAGGGUUCGUCACGCUAUUUGCCAUCUUUUUAAAAAGCUACUACUUUUUUGGCAUUUUAUGAAUUCCAAAAAUAAUGGUCCAAUUUUGUUAUUCAAGACUUCAGUUAGGUAUUGAAACUGUUUGCUGUUGUCUGUUGCAAAGAAUGGCAAGAAUGGACAUGGAUUGAAACAUGAAAAAGUUGGGCAAACCUUUUCAAGUUUUCAUGCUAUGCCUACAAAAAUCACCUAAAAAAUUAUCAUGGUUAGUGCUCCCUGAUGAAAUUUGUGUGAAAUCCACUUCAUAACUCUACAGGCGCAUUUUGUGGAUGGGUAAAGGCACUGUAAGUAAUGAAUUCCGCACAUGGUUGACAUAAAACGGCCCCAUUAACCUUGUUCGCAGUAGAGAGAGUCCGCUAUAUUAUCGAAAGACUGCUUGGACAGCAUGAGUAAGAGGAAUAUUUUGUUGACAUCGCAUCUUUUUGUAGACGAUGCAAGUGGCGAGCAGAUUUCAAAACUAGCCGAUGAAUCCUUGGUUCCAACGGACCAGUGUCUGGAAGAUGAAGUGUUACAGUUCGCAGAGCGCUUUCUGGAAUGGGCUCUAAUCAACAAAGCACUUUAUGACAGCGAUGAUCCAGAUUCAGUUGACCUGAAUGCUGUAGUACUUCAAGCUCGCGAAUUUGGAAUCUCUGAAGUGGAGAAGAAAACUAUUUUGGAGGUAAAAAUCUUACUUUUAAUUUAAUGCCUAACACUGUAUAAAUGUUGGUCUCCGUCAUGAAUGAUCAGCAGGUCGUUUUUCUGCGCUUUCGGCGGCUGCAUAUGUUGCGCAGUAGGAGGGGCACUCGUGUCCCACCGAUGUGGUCCAGGCUCGAAGUUCCGUAGUCGUAGUUUGAGUUUGUGUUGAGUUCUCUUUUUUGCUCCGAAAGACGCUUCUCCAGGUACCUCGGUUUCCCGCCUUUCAAAGUAAGAAACGUACGUUACCCUUCACAUCGUUUUAAAUACUGUAACAUUUUGUACAACUUAUAUAAAUGAAAUAUUGAUUUUACUACCCGUUUUAAGCAUUAAGAUGCUGAAAUGUCCCAUGAAGUCGUAAAAAGACAUAUGAAAAGAAAUCUUGCACAAUUUACAUUAUUAAAAACUGUAUCAGUGGAUAAUGCAAUUCUAGAGCUUAGCCAUCAUGGUAUCUGAGCCAUUAUACUAUGCUCUCCAAAUAUGGUAACUGUACGCGUGUGCUCAAAAUUAAAAACAAGCUGUAAAGCGGUUUUCUUUACAAAUAAAGUCGGGAAGAAUUCUCGAUAUUUUGUGGGCGUUUUUAAUAAAACAAUUAUUCCACUCAAGCUUGUUGGAUAUGAGAUGAUUAUAGCCAACUCAUAUCCAACGCGCGCUCGUGGAGUAAUUGUUAAAUAUACCAGUCUUCGAAAGUCUUUUAAAAACGCUCUUACCUACACGGUUUGACACACACACAGAUUCAAAUUCUAAAAAUCAUGUACCAAAGGCGUCUGCUUGGCUUCAUAUUCAUUCCACUCUCUUAACUAUGUUUUGAUUUUCUUUUAGCAGCCCUUUUGAUAGCAUUUAUUACAUAGGAUUCAACACGCACGCUGCUUUGAGACAGUUCCACUUAAAUGGGUUCGUUUAUUUAAGCCUCUCACAUCGGGGGUUUGUUUACCCUUUUCACUUCCAGAAUUGGCUAGAUUCAAAAUUCGACAAAAUUCCAAAUUUCAAUAAAUACUGAAAAUACUGCUGAAGAAGUUUCAUUUCAUUUUGGAUGGUCACACUAUAAGAUUUUAUCCACAGACUCUAAAGCUAGAAUUACAGGUUUCAUUUGAAUGAUCACACCACAGAUUUGGUCCACAGACACAAAAGUUAGACCCAGAUUACACGAAUUCAUCAUUCACUAUGGGAGCAGAAUGUCGUGUCGUUCAAUUGGUAUAGGUAAUAGCAUGAUUUGUAGUGAUAUUUGGCAUAAAUACCACUCGUGAUAUUUCAAAAUUGUUAUACGUAAUUUCAUGAGCCGUUAGGCGAGUGAGAUUUGAGACAAUUUUGAAAUAUCACGAGUGGUAUUUAUGCGAAAUAUCACGUACAAGUCAUGCUAUUAUUUGUUUAUACUACAACCCGCAAAAGGUUUGUAAUUUUCAAAUAUAGAUAUUUCAAAUUAAGCUGAAAUACCACUGCUCUGAGCCAAUCAAACUGCAGAAAUUUCUCAGUUAGUAGUAUAAAGUCUGUAAUCGUACAGCGUUAUCACUCGUAUGAUUGCAGUCUUAAGUGGUCCUAACUUUGGGCCGCUACCAACUGUUUCAACUUUGAUCUUGAGGUUCAUGUCUCAGUUAGAACGUGUGGUCACAUAGUAAGUAGCUCACAGUAUUUUCAUUUUUAUUUCGUUUUCUUAGUUCCAGUUUGACCAAAUGGAUCACAACAAGGAUGAUCUUCUUCAAAAAUCUGAGGUAGACGGAAUCUUGACGCAUGUCCCUCAUGAGGAAUGCUUGUUUGGUUUUAUAAUUUCAAGUGACGCGAACAAAGAUCACGUCUUAGACAGAACUGAGUGGGAAGAAGGCUUUGCGCAUGUCGGUGAGUAUAAUCAACUUGAGUGGAAGCAGCGUGGCUGAGCGGUUAGAGCCCUGGGGUCGGUUGCUCGAAGCCUGGUUAGCGCUAACCGUUGGUUAAGAGGUAUCAAAAUGUAUAGGUUUUCCAUGGUAUUUAACGCUGGUUAGCACUAACCAUGCUUCGAGCAACCCGGGCCUGGCCGCUAGCUGGACUUUUUGCCCCUGGUCCCGAGAUCAAAUCCUCGGCCACGCUUGUAAAAUAGCCAGCCGGUCUGCGUCCUACCAGUUGGGAUUCCUCACCUUGUUACGUUCCAUUUUAAUUAUUGGUUUCAUUAUCCCUGAAAAGCUCCAUACGAGGAGAGGAUAAUCGAGUAUUUAUUUAAUUAAUUAUUUAGUUAGUUAUUUUAAGUUUCUUUGAUCUUUUAGUGCGAUUUUACUUAAGCCGUGAAAGAGAUAGUAGACUAAUACAAGCUAUCACUCUCUAAUUCCUUGUUUUCUUUGGUUUACUUGUAACUAUUUGGCACUGUUACAUACCGUUUCUCGGGUUUGUUAACACUCUAAAAUACAUACCUAUUUCUUGGUUAUCCUGCGAUCACGUCAGCCUUUCUCUCUGUAACUCUGCAAUGCAUAUCUCCCCUCCUCUCAAAAAGGAAAAAAUGAUCGCAGGUUCUAUCUGGGCGUUAUAUAACAAAACAUGGCUUUCCCUAAGAAGUAGCAAAGUAAACACGUCGUUAAAAUAAACAUCUACCAUCUAAUGCGCACUUGAAAAGAUUUUGUGGUUUAAUUUUGGAAAGUUCUAAAGGGACCAUGUUUUACGAGAAGGAAAAUAUCCAGACUUUUUAGUUUUUUACAUCUCAAAAUAUGAACAGCAUAUGGUUUGAAAAGUUGCUUAAAACUGGACAUGAUUCGUUAUGGUAGUGCCAUGCUAACUUCACUUUAACUCGGUGCACGCUUAGGCCAGGUCAGCCGAGUUCGUUGAACAACUUUACAUGUGACGAACUUAAUGCUAUGGGCAUAAUCCCUUGCUUUCGCUCAUUAGCUUUAGGUUCGUCAACUUUGGUCCGGACCUUACACAUGAAAUAGCCUGAGAAAAUGGACAACAUCUCGCGACACCACCACCAGUUUUCCCGCGAACUGACACUGAGGAAUGAGUGUUGAAAUUCAAUACUGAUGACGUGUCACUAUCCAGAUCUGGGUAGUGCUUCUGAUUGGUCGUGCUGCCAGGGAAAUUUGAUUCAACCAAUCAGAAGCAGACUCAUACCUGGGUAGACAAACGUCAUCAGUAUGGGGUUUCUGCGCUCAUUUCUCACCAGUGGUUGCGUCGCGAAAUGUUGGCUGUUUUCGACUCAGGACACACUAAUGAACUCGGACCGGGAUGACAGACUCGACCUGCCCACGGUGUACCACUUCCUUUUGAAUCAUGUGAUCAUAGGGGGUCACACAAUUCCUACUACCUUCUCAAAAAGCGACGCAGUUGGCUGAAGGGACUCAGUCCGGUUUACGGUCAAGUCGCCCGAAAUCAGAGUUAUGUCGCCCGAAAUUUCUAGUCACGUCGCCCGAAAUUCUGAGUUAUGUGGCUCAGCAUUUCGGGCGACUUAACUCUUGUUUCGGGCGAGAUGACGUUUGUGCGACUUGACCAGUUACCCUCAGUCCAAAUAUAUUAAGUGUGUUCAGUGCCUCAAGACGCUCUGAGUUAGGAAAUAUGGCAAACAAUGCAUGCACGAUUCCAAAUUCCGCUUCAUCUAACACUAAUUUAUAUUCCUUCCAGAAAGCGUAGCCGAGGAUGUGCUUAUUCCCUAAACAUUUAUCGCCUUCCAUUAUCACCGUCAUCUUCCUCAGGAAUUCGUCCAAACACACGGGUUACGUUGGUGAAAAAGAACAGAAGGACUGUACAUUUAAUUAAACUGUAGUAAAUACGACUUUUGCAAAUAGUUAUUAAAGAAUGGCUUAAGUGUUUUGAAAGCUUUUCACCAGCAUAUAAUAUAUGUAAAUUUCAUGCCUACAAAGUUGGCGCAAUUUAGAUAAGAAAAAGAAAAGAAUCGCGCCGAUAAGGUAUAAACGAUGGCUUUGCAAUAUCUGUAAAAAUUUAGAAAUCUGAAUUAGAUAACUAAUACAACUAAAGAAUUAUGUUGGCUCAUUUUUGGCGUUAGAAGACGUACUAGAUUAGUAGUGUCUUCUGUGUUCACCGGUGUGACAAGCUAGGAUAUUGCUGUUGAUGAAUUCUAAGAGAAGUCGCUUUUACUCCGAUGAGAGUCAAACAGAAGUGUAUAAAGGUGAAGCACAGGCUCAGAAAACUUGAUACACGGAUCAUUAUUCAUCUGAGAAAAAGCUAGACCGGCAAUUCACCUUCGCUAUAAAUUCUGUACUUUCGCUUCAAAUUGAGGCGGAUUUCCACUGUCUUGUAAUUUUACGUGCGUACGCGCGCAAAUAAAAUCGAGGCAAUUAAUGUAUGAAAGGCCGUCGAAAACGUAAAAUUUGCGCGAGGUUCAACCUUUACGCGCGACGUUCUUACAUAUUUGCCUCCAUUUUUUUCACGCGCGUACGCACGUAAAAAUUAAUUGACAGUGGCAAUCCACUUAUAGACGGAUAGUGUCUAUCUGUAGUACUAGAUUUAGAAUUAGGUGGCAAAAUUCGUCUUCUACUUCUUAAACUUUAGGACUGUUGACAAAAAGAUCAGCUGAGGGUGGAUAAUAUAUCUAUGGUAUCCUGUUCGUAAAUUAACCCUAUAUUUAAUAACCGAACCGAACAAAUAUAGCCAAUGAAACCUUAAUCCAGCUGAUUUGUCUUAACGGUAUAAUAACUGCAUCCAGUUUGCUUUGGAAAUCGUUGUUGCCACUAAAGGUGGAGUUUAUAGAGAGAACGUACUUUGCGUUAGAAGUAAUGUCCCUUGUAAUAGCUUUUGGAAGCCGUCAAUUGCAGUUGUGUGCAAUGAACAUGUCCUGCAAAUUCCAAUGACAGCUGCAUGGUCGAUUCUGUUCAUUUUCCACACAAACUUAAUUAUUGCUUCAGAAUGUGAGCAUGUUUCCUGAAAAAGGGGUAGUUCACACCAACUUGUUCAUCAAUUUUCUGUAUUUUAAAACUCUACACUUAGAAUUGGCAACACAAUAGCCCUCUAUUAAUUAAAUAUCACCCAAAUAACUAACAAAUACAAUUCUGAUUCGCAAUAGAAUUAUUAAAACUUUCAUAACAAUCUGAGAUAAACUUUUAAAAAUGGGAGGAACGUUUUUUAUGUCACUCCACUGAGUUUUGUCUGGUCAAAUAUUGAUAUUGUAAAACCCAGCGCUAUGAUCAGAUAGUGCCAAAAUCGCCUCAGUAAAAUUGUGUGUAACCACAACAUUUAAGAGACUACUAGGUAAAAAAAAAAAAUUAAACAAAGCAUGCAUGUGUGAUAUAAUAUUUAUGUCAAAGGCGUGCAUGAGAAUAUGCUCUCUUUUUAUUUAAGAGUUAUCUGUAGCAUUUUUUUACUGCUUGCCUGCAAUCUGCACAACUGAAAGCUUUAAGAGUUAGAAGGUCAUCACCAUAAGUUUCCUCUUGAUUAAAUUUCAUCUCUAGUUUAAAAGAUUACUGAUGCCUUUUUCUUCUUUUCAUCUCCCCACUUAGGAUUAUGCUCUAAAUACAAAUUAAAUAAGACGGUUUGGCAGAUUUGAUCUAGGGAAAAAUAAAAAUUAUUCUGUAAUCUUUGAGUGUUUUCAAAUUAAACUGUUGUUUUUGUUCAGCGGCAAUGUUAAUGUAGCUGCCAUAGUUUCGUUACUGAAGAAAAUUGUAGCAUAACAGCUGCAAAGACAUUGAUAGGGUAUUGAGGACAGCAGGGGUCAAGUUUAAAGUGCAACCUCAAUAGAUUUCUAAUAUAAUAUAGUAUAAAAUAAAAUAGAGGAUAUUACAUGGCUGAACGGAGAUACGAAAUAUCUCUUCGAGUGUUGAAAAAUAUUUCACUCGUUCGCUGCGCUCACUCGUGAAAUAUUUUUUUAACACGAGAAGGGAAAUUUCAUAUCUCCAAGCAGCCAUGUAAUGUUCUAUUUAUUAUAUAAACACCAAUGAAAUACCAAACCAUUUCACUUUAAUGGUUUUUUGGUGUGAAAGGCGUGAUUUAUGAUGCAGCCAUAGCAACGGUGAUAUUUUCACAUGUGAAGAUAACAUGUUAUUUUCACAUGUGAAGAUAUCAAGUUUUCAUGCGAAAGCUCACCUGGUAUUUUAUUGGUGUUUAUAUAAUAAAGUAAAGUUAACUUUUGCAAAAACAUUAGUCUUCUUGUACGUGUAUACACAUGCCAAACCAUUUGAUACUGGAUUUUUGCCCAAUUUUUGUAUGAUCUCAUUGGCUAGGAAGGGGGAGAGUUCCAGUUGCUUUUAAGCUUACAAUAUUAUUUUGGAUUUUUAGCAUAAUUAAAUUAAUGUGACAGUUGUAGUGUCUUUAAGUCUGCAAAACUGUCUGAGCACCUGUGACCAGGUGCUAAGUUAGGCUAGGUGUCAAAAUGCUAAAGUACACAGGUGUGUACCCAGUUGUGUUGAACUAGCUAGUGUGAACUGAAUUUAAUAAAGCUGCUAUUUAUCUCUAAUGUGACGAUUUUUUGUUUUAAAAAAACUGAAAUUAAUGUUCGCCAUUGUAAUAUAAUAAUCUGAUUGGUUUUCACGCACUUUGUCAUCGCCAAUUCAUCACGAUCGGAGUCAUAUCAGGGAGUAUUUUUUGCACAAAUGAUGUCAUGUGCCAUGCGUCAUGAGGUCAUUAUCAUCCCUUCCCUAUCAAUUCUCAAUAUUUAAAGACGUGGGGGGUUGACAGCCCUGGUUAAGCACUUGUCUUGUACAUACUACAAGAGUGAGAUCAGCCAAGUGCUUUGAGAUGGAGCCUUCAAUUUUAUGUUCCUUUUCUGGGAAGAACAUCAUUGGAGACCCAGGAGCUGUCAGUAGGUUAAUUUGGAAGAAAUGCUGCAACAAAGGUUUUUAAGGAUAGGGAAGUACCAGUCUCCCUGUUCUUAAACACUUUAAUCGUGCUGUUUCUCCCACUGAGUUGACUGAGUCUGCCCCCGAGUCUCCAAUGAUGGAGAAGUCUGGAAUGUCUAACCAUUAUCUCAAAACCCUGAGGCCUGGCCGGGAAACCAAUCCUGGUUCUGUGGAUACAAAGCCUGGAACUCAACCAAAUGUUUCUGAGCAGUUCCUAAUUUGCAUGUGCAGGUGUUCUUCACUUUGAUGAAUAUAAAAUCAGUUUAAAAAGUAUUUUUCAGACUUGCUAACAAAUUAAAAAGAUGCCAGAAACCCUCACUCUUUUAGAACCAUUUCUACAGAUUUGACAUUAUCAUGCACCGCUAGGGCAGAUCCCAGACAUGUGAGUCAGCCCAGGGGGGUGGAGAGUAUGAGACCUUGAUUGCACAGCUGUAAUACUGGGGUGGGGUCAAUAUAUGGGAGGGGUGGAGGUUUCAAAUACUUUGAUGAUCUCGGAUGGAGAUCUUAAAGAUGAAGUUUAAACGUUAAGAGGAAUCAACUAGAAAACCAUGUUCCUUCUCCAUAAAACCAGAGGGGCCUGCAAAAGGAUUAAGUGCAAGUUUUGAAAGCGAGUAAACCAGGUUGCUCAUGAAUAUCUCUUAAAUUUCCCACUGAUCACUGGCCGGGGGCAUUAGAAUGUCGUUUGUACAAAUUUUCUUGCUCUUUUUUGCCAAGUAACAUGAAGUAAGAAGCAUAGAUUACAAUAAUUAAUAUAUACAACCAUUAUUGUUAUAUUAUGGGCAUUAAAAUAUCAUUUUUGGUCUGGAAGAUGAAAAAAAAAGAUGGAAGAUGAAAAAAAACCUCAAAUUCCAACACUGUGGAUUAAAACUAGCAGGGUUUCCAAAGCCGGUUUUCGUUACCUUUUCUCCAUGUCUGUAUCAGUAAUAUCUUUCUCUUCUCAAGCAACAGGUCUAAGUAGUAACUGAAGUAUAGCUACUCCUGCUUUCUCCCUUUUUGAAGCCGGUUUUGCCUGGCUAUUACUAUUCACCUGAGAACCGCUGGUUCAAUGAACUAAGGUCGCUCACGCCACAGACCUCCGCGUGCGAAUCGUUCACGAAGACGAACGUUUCGACAGAAAACUUGGACCAUCUUUUGAUUUUACUGUGGAGGGAAAACAAAUUUAACUUCGUUCCUGAUGAAAAGGAAGUUGACUACGAAACGUAUGAACAGUGUAUCAGCUAUCCUCCCCGUCAGAUGUUAUUAGGGGUUCGUCACGCGAUUGUCUGCGGGGGGAGUCUAUGUAUCAGCCUUUUUUUUUUUUUAAUGCUUUUUUUUUUUUAUUUUGUGGGAAAGAGGGGGGAAUACGCGAAAAAAUAGGGGAAUAUCUCAACCCAAUUUUAAAUAAAUAAAAAGGAGGGGAAAGAGAAAAAAAGAAGGAAAAAAAAAUUAAAGGUAACCCAGACGGGAUUGAAACACCCGCCGUCCUUUAGCAUUUUUUUUUUUUUUAAUGCUUUUUUUUUUUUAAUUUGUGAGAAAGAUGGAGGAAUACGCCGAAAAAUAGGUGAAUAUCUCUACCCAAUUCUGAAUCAAUAAAAAGGAUGUGAUAGUGAAAAAAAGGAGGAAAAGAAAAUUUAAUGUGACCCCGACGUGAUUCGAACACGCAGCCUUCUGAUCUGGAGUCAGACGCGCUACCAUUGCGCCACGGAGUCCCGGAUAAGAAAAAUUAGCUUUAUUUUAUGUUUUUGAAUCUUUUUUUAAACAUGGCGCAGGGCAUGGCGUUUCCUUUCCAAAGGCCAAAGUCGGUAAAGGGAAAUAAGAGAAGGAAAUGAUUCUCAUAUGUUUAUCUGAGUAACUGUCUGCAAAGGUUCGGAUAAAAUCUGAACUCAUUUAAAAAUCAGACAUAAAACAAAACACAUAAGAAGUUGUCACGGUAAAUUUCACUUCCGGUUGUCGCCGUCGAGUGCACAACAAGGCGGGAAAUAUCGACAUUUUCUCUAGAUUUUCGACAGCUAUCUCUAAUCAGUCCGUCUUGUCCAAAAGGCCAAGCUGAUGUCGUGAACCCGUGAAAACUUUCAGUUUCGAUUUUGUCCCUCGCUGCUGAUAAAAAGUCAGCUGAAAAAGAAUUCUUAACAUUUCCGAGACAUUUGUAUUGCCUUCGCACAAAUCCAUAAGUGAACUUUUUCUACCAUGGAUAGUCACCGACGCAUCCGUUUUCUGCAAUUCUGGGUUCAUUGUAAAGCUAAAUAAUUUUGGACAUCAUAUGGUUGCUCUAUAGUUUUUUCUGUCCUUCGGCUUAGGAUUUUAAUUUGGAAACUGAAAGCAACUUAUCUUAGAUGGGCUCAGGCUUUUGUGAACGUUUACUGUUGGGUUUACUCGUGGAUAAUUCCUCUGCUUUUAAAAAAUGGAAGAAACAACCAAUAGACACAACAAUAGCUACAAGAAACGUAUUUUAGUAUUAGAAUUAUAUAUUUAUCGUUUUGAAAUAUGUACAUUAUUUUAGGCUGUAUCUUAAUGUAACGUUUUCAAAAAUUUCAAGAUUUCACUAAAUCCCCAGCUUGCAGCUUUCUAUGGCCACCGCCUGUUACUCGUUCCCGUUGUUGCCUCAGCGAGGAGGAGCGAUGUUCGUAGGCCUACAAAAUCCUUCGUUUCCUGGGUGACUGCAGAAAGUCUACUUUUUCCCCAGCCCCACUAUCUCUGAGUCCUUAGGUUCGAUCGUGGACAAAUACCCGCAGUUCUCGCAGGUGACCGAAAUUAGGUCAAAUAACGAAGGAGCAAAAGGGAAGAUAUUCAGUUUAAUAAUACUGAAAUGAACUGAGGAAUUUGGUAACUGUGGAUUCGUGUGAGAAUUAGACGCGAUUUAUCACUGUAAACACACGAGAGCCUAGUGAGGUUUUGGAAAAUCACCAGUCAAACAACUUAGAUGCAAUUUCAGUAUUAAGCCUUAAAUUUUUUUAUUCAAACAGUCUGUUUAGUUUUCUUGUAGUAUAGCCAGUUUCAGACGGUGUUUCCCUGCGGGAAAUUUCUUCAUUUAAUUUGGAAAAUCGUCAGACGUGCUUGAUGUCAACAGAUAAAUUUUAUUCUACCUGUCAAAAAAACUUCAGCUGUAAUGACAAAAAUAGCAAGUGAGCUAAUCAAUAUGCUACUAAGCCAGCUUCGAUAGGCGCUCAUUAAUAUGAAACUGCGUUCAAAAACUACACAUUCAAGUUCUAACCUGCUUUGCGGCGUCCUUAGCGCUGUCUGUCGAUUCACAAACACUAUAUAAGUAUUUGCGAGAAAACAGAGAACGCUACAUGAGGUAAGGUACACACCUUUGCGUGUGCAACGAUAACUAAAGAGUCUAAACAAUCUAAAACGCCGCUGUAUAUGUCAACUUUUCCUUCAAGGUAGGAGACCACACAACCAAUGGGGGAGAAAUUUUUUCAUCUUAGUGUCGUUACCUAGAAGCCGGAGGCAAAUUUACAAGUCGAUUUUAGCGGUGUGGCAAGCAAACAAAAUUGUAUUGUCUACCAUAUUUAAUAGCGUCCUCGCAGGUACUUAAUCGCUUUGGUAAUACGGUACAGGAUUUAGCUCAAGAUUUUGCAAGGAUCUGAGCAACUGAACUCUACUCAAGAGGUUUCUCCAUCGCAAAUGUAGCUUGACUCAGUCCAAGGAGCACUUGGACAGAUGAAGCAUCACUCGACUUGUUCUAUUAACCAUUUCGUCCAAAUUUCCGUGAAUUCUGAGACACUGAGCUUCUGCUAAACUCAAUAUCUCUAAACUGUACUGUAUAGCGGAGUUGAUUCUGCAUUCCCUUACAGUUCGUAGAGGAAAAUUUUACCAUGAGUUAUUACCAACAAACGUCUUUUCAACCAGCGCAUUACUAUCCAUCAAACGAUCCUGUAGCUGGUGGAACUUUUCAAAGGGAAUUCCCUCCGCCAAAUUCAAGGGUGUACCUGGAUCAGCCCUACCACCCAUAUCCCAUGGUAGCCCCGCAAACUACAGUGUUCGUUUACGACGAUCAUCCCGAUUUUCGUCAAAGGGACCAAGGCUUAUUAGCUGCAUUGUGUACCGCAUGCUUGUGCUGUUGGCUCCUACCACCUUUUCCUACAUGGCAUUGUUAA